AUGUCCCAAAGCGAAAAGAGCGAUUCGCAAGACUAUCAAUUCGGUACAUACGUCGAUCGACCUGAUCGAUGGUGGUCAGAAGAGGAUGAUACAAGAGUAAGAAGAAAGUUGGACGCACGAAUUUUACCUUUUCUAUUUAUGAACAGAAGCAAUAUCGGAAAUGCAAAAGUGGCCGGUAUGACAGCAGAUUUACACAUCAGUGAUAGUCAAUACGAAUGGCUUCUAACCGUAUUCUACAUUGGCUAUAUCGUUUUCCAAUUCCUGUUGAUUUGUUAUAAAUUCAUCAAGCCUUCUCGAUUUAUGGGAACGUGCGUCUUCUUUUGGGGUGUUGCCGCUAUCCUUCAAGCUACAGCGUUUAAUUGGAGUGGUUUAAUGGCAACGAGAUUCUUCAUGGCUUUGUUUGAAGCAGGUUAUGGAACAGGUGUGGCACUAUACUUGUCCUUCUUCUAUCCUCGUCAUGAGAUCGGUUACAGGUUCGCAUGGUUCGUGGUAGGAAGUGCAGUUGCUUCUGCUAUUGCCGGCUCUGUAGCUUAUGGAAUUCAAAGUGCAACAGUGUCUAUUGCAAAUUGGCGAUUGAUCUUUUUGGUAGAAGCUGGUCCAACGGUGAUCCUAGGUGUUGCCUUGUUCUUCUUUCUACCUGAUUCCAUUCAAUCUUCAAAAUUCUUGACGCCGUACGAAAGAGAAGUAGCGGAGGCUCGAUUGUAUCGUGCAAAAAUCGAUCAAAGGAACGCAAUCGAGAACGAAAAGACAAAUAAAAAUGCUUCCUUGCUACAAAGGAUCAAGCAUGCCCUCAACACACAAUUUAACUUCAAGAAUGGUGCAGAUGCAUUAAAGGAUCCGGUAAGCUAUAUCAACGCAGUGCUUUUGUUCAUCGUCAAUAAUGGUUUCGCAUCAAUUCCGGUCUAUCUACCCACAAUUCUAUCGCAAAUGGGUUAUACAGCUUUACGGGCUCAAGCAUUCUCUGCUCCUCCUUAUGCGGUCGCAUUCGUGUUAGCAGUAAUUCUUUCUUACGCCGCCGAUAGACUCAGAACUCGUGGCGUUUUGAUCAUGAUCAUGACAGCUGUUGGUCUAACGGGUUAUUUCAUGUUGGCAACCAUUGAAGAUAAUCAUACACGUUAUGCAGGCGUUUGGUUGGUUGUGUUGGGUUUGUUUACUUUUAUUCCACUUUGUUAUUCUUGGUUGAUUACAAAUUCUGCCGGUGAAUCAAAACGUGGUAUAGCUUUGGUAAUCUUUGGUACGAUUGGUCAAUGUUCUCCUUUACUCGGAACUCGUCUUUUUCCCGCUACGGAAGCACCAUAUUAUCGUAAAGGAAUGUACGUAAGUGCAGGUUUGUUGGUAGCUGGAUUCGUGAUUGAAGGUCUGGCAAUCGUCUACUUUUACUCAAUCAAUCGUGCAAAAGAUAAAGCUUUCAAACAAUCCGCCUCCUCUAAAGAAGAACAGGAUGGCGAAGUCACUCCAACAGAACGACCACUUCAAUAUCAAUUCAAAAUCGACACCAAAACAGAAGAAGGUCGUCAAGAACAACAUCUUCGUUAUUUGGACAUUGCAGAAAAUCGUGAAAAGUCCAUUUAUUUCCGUUACAGUUUGUAA